AUGGAUUUGACAGUGGGAUACAUUUCGCUGUGUGUAGUGUUUGGAAUAGUGUCAGUGAUUACUCAGGAUGUCGACCAUAAAGUUUAUAAUCUUACAAUACGCAUGCCUAAUGUGAUUUCUCCUCGGCCAGAUGCGUUAGUCUGUCAUGGGAUAAAAUUGGACCCAGAGGAAACGUAUGUAGUGAGUUAUAUUCCCCAUGCCUCGGCUGAUGUAGCUCAUCAUAUGAUGGUAUUUGGUUGUAUUUUACCAGCAAGUCAUGAACCAUCGUGGUUGUGUAACGAGAAUCAUGAAGAUUUUGAGACGGAAGUUUGUGGUAAAGGUGAAAAACAAGUAGUAUUUGCCUGGGCAUUGGACGCUCCCUCAUUUCAAUUCCCUGACGGAGUUGGACUAAGAUUAAGUGGUACUACUGGAGUAAACUAUAUUGUUAUUCAACUACAUUAUAAACAUAUAUUCCCACCUGGAAGAACAGAUAAUUCUGGUGUAACAUUACAGAUGACACGUGAAAGACAGCCGAAACAAGCUGGAUUUUAUGUGAUUGGAACUCAUGGAUAUAUUCCUCCAAAACAACGAGCGUUCACAAUGGAAACGGCGUGUAAAUAUGAAAACGAGUAUCCUAUUUAUCCCAUUGGUUAUAGAACCCAUUCCCACAAUCUGGGAGUAGUGACGUCAGGUUAUAGAAUUCGAGAUGGAACGUGGAUAGAAAUAGGUCGAAUGUCUCCCCAGUUACCAGAAACAUUUUAUAAUGUAACAAACCAUGUAGAGGUUAGACCAGGGGAUGUUCUGGCAGCACGAUGUACCAUGAACAGUGUGAAAAGAACACAUAAUACACACAUAGGUCCUACCAAUGCCGAUGAAAUGUGUAAUUUCUAUGUUUUAUAUUAUACCUACUGGAAACCAAAUCUUCAAGCACAAUUCUGUUUCCGUAAUGCCCAGGAUUUUCAUUGGAACGAUUAUUUUGAAAAUAUUCCCGAUACUGCUAGUUCAUUGGUUGGAAUCAAAGGAGUGGAUAAAGUCCGUAAAAUGUUUGAUUUACACCCACCAUUGGCACCAAGUUCCAGACUUUGGCAUGAUACAAUGUAA